CUUUCUACAUCAGCACAGGCCUCUUCACAAGGAAAAUAGAAAGAUGAGUAGCAUGCGCUUGUCUAAUCGGUAUAAGAUCCAAGGUUAUUUUCAGGUGCUCCACUAGGGUCUAGUAAUUGAUACCAUGGCAAAACUGGCUACAAAACAACCAAACCUGAAAUUGAUACCAUGGCAAAACUGGCUACAAAACAACCAAACCUGAAAUUGUGGAUCAUUUGAUGUGCUAGAAAAAUACUGAAAUACUUUGUCGUGUUACACUAAAAAUUAUCCAGGUCAAAUGUCGGUAUUGCCCUUGGAACUCCAAUACGUAAGAGGCCACACACUCUGACGGAGUAAGAGAGCCACCAGUCACCUGAAAACUCCCACAGCAGUUCCCUUCCUCUUCUCUUGUCAUGGCUUGUCCAAGGAAAGGAGAGGAGAUGGAAGUGAAGAAGAGGGCGGCCGCCAUUGCCACCCGGUGCAUCAUGCACCUGAUCAUGUCAGUGCCAUCCAAGCAGCAGGUGGCCGCCAUGUCCUUCUGCGACUGUUACCAGCAGUGCCACGAUGAGUGCAGGCACAGCCUUUGGUAGCUCUGCAACGUCGACUCCGCCGGCAACUGCGACGGCGUCGACAAGAAGGACGCCCUCGCCGCAUGCAUCAUGGUCUGUAGCACGGACUCCGUCUGCGACCAGUCGGUGGGGCCGACCUAUGCACAAAGUGUUGUGGGUUGUAUAGCUGAGUGCAACAAAAGGUGGGGCAAUAACUAACGCCAAGUGACCUUCAAAAUAAAGAGCUGAACAUGUAGAUCAUGGGACCAUAUGAUGUUGAACGACUCUGAUUGAUGAAGCAAUCAAUAAAAUGAGUUUCGCAUGUCGGCGCACCACUUGUGUGAACUUUUGCAUAUCUCAAAGUGGCAUGUUUAUUUCGUACUCCAAGCCUUAGCAAUCUCAUCCAAGCCUUUUCCUGAAUCUCAGGAAAUGCAAAAGCACUCAACACUCAUUACUAGAACCAGGUAAAAAUAAACACACUAAAUGGGGCAUAUGACCUAAUAUAAUACAACAUGGAACACAAUCAGAAGAUGACAGUGAAAAUAUGAGAACACACAAAAUGCAAGCAAGAUCAGAUGAAAGUUACUAAUUAAUUGUACCAAGCUCAUUAUGUCUUCAUGCCCAGUUGGCCAUUUGACUACAGAAAUUAGAUAUAGACUGGGUUGAUCGAAAUAAGCGACUAAUUCCUACAAGUCCAUUUCACAGCUGACUAGUGCAUCCUAAAUAGUGGGCAAAUUUUCCUUGUGGGUCGCUGCAAACAAGCCCCUUGCCCCCUUCUGCAUCUCAGACACCAGAAUGUAACUCUAGAUACCUGCAGGGCAAUCACAACAUCAAUCAAACUAAAUUUGUACCAUGCAUUCAUGGAAAAGCCGUUAAAGUUUUAUACCAUUCAGAUGAUUUUGUAUGACCCCGAUUGCAUAUGCAAGUAACAAUGCGAGGCGUGAUGUAUCGCAUCUGACUAUUUCGGGCUUGGUUUCCCUUAAUGGAAAUCGGAAGGGGGAUACCCUUCUUUGUUCAAAAAAAAAACAAUGUGAGGCGCUGAGACAAUAUUUAAGCAAAACUGUCCACAAAGGCAUGCUACAAAAUUU